AGGGAGAGAUUUUUUUUUCACCAAGUGCUGUCCAGGAACAAGAUACUAAGACAUCUGCAGUCAUUAUACCUACUGUGAGGGCAGAAGAAAUUGAUCUCAGAGACCACAGCGAUUUGGAGAGGGCUGAGACUGCCCACUGCCAUAGGAGAACGCAGACUGGAACCCUAAGAGCCAAAGAGGGGGGGAGUCAGAGGGCCCCUUGAAAUCCUAAGAAUUCUCUGAGAGGGGAAUAAACAGCCUACAGAGCUUCAAGGUCAUGUCUUUGAGAGGAGCAGGAUCCCAAGUGAGGAGUUAAGGGCUGACGCCCAGCAUCAUCAGCCGCUUCCCUCAGGUCAUGUCUGGGGAUGUAGCCUGAAUUAUGCCCCCUGACUCCCCGCCUGGGGAGCCAAGUGGCCAUGGAUGAGGAAGAGAGAGAGGUUUCUUUCAGAGUGCCCUGGAUGUGGGAAUGGGGUCUUGGGCUAGAGUCCUCCCAUUUCAGUCUAGGAUUCUUUCUAUUGAUAGUGGUUCUCCUUCCCGGCAUUCUUUGUGCCUUAGGGCCAGUCAAUUAUUCUUCCUAUGAAAUAGUCAUCCCCAAGAGAUUAAAGGCCAGGGAAGGGGAAAGAGCAGCAAAAAUCUCCUACUCGUUAUUUAUGAGGGGCAAGAGGCAGGUGAUUCAUCUGAAGCAAAAGAGAGGGAUGUUUGCCAAGAACUUCCCCGUGUACACCUAUUCCGACGACAAGCUGGGGCUGGACAUGCCUUUUCUCCCCGAUGACUGUUACUAUGAUGGAUAUGUGGAAAGCAACGUGGGGUCCCUCGUGUCUCUCAGUACCUGCUCGGGCCUUAAGGGUUCAAUAACCAUGGAGAAAACCGUCUAUAACAUUGAGCCCAUUGACACUUCAAAUAAGUUUGAGCACGUCCUGUACCAAAUGAAAAGGGGCCAGUCGGAUUCCUGCAAGGGACCCGAGAAAGACCAUCUCCAAUCCAGUCGCCAUUUAGAAGGGAAACAAGAUGGCUGGGACACUGAUGAAUCUGGGGAGGAUGCUCCGGCAAAAUCUCUGAAUUACAUCUGGUCCCACACCAAGUACGUGGAGAUGUUUGUGGUGGUGGACAACAACAGGUUCCAAAAGUGGAACAGAAACACCAGCAAGACCACCCGGAUGGUGAUGGACGUCAUCUCGCAGGUCAACACCUACACACGCAAAGUCAACAUCAAAGUCGUGCUGGUCGGCCUGGAGAUCUGGACGCAGAGAAAUCUGAUCGAUCUCCCGAGCCAGAUGAGGCCAGCCCUCCUCGUUUUCAACAGGUGGAGGAUUCAGACGCUCUUCAGGAGGGCGGUCCACGACGUGGCCCAUCUGAUCGUGGGGCAUAAUCCCGGCAAUGUGGUGGGCAAUGCUUACUUCGAAGGAGCCUGUGUGUACGGGAACGCAGCGGCCGUGGAAUCCUUCUAUCACGAAGAUGUAGCCCGCUUCGCUACCCUCAUGGCCCACGAGCUGGGCCACAACCUAGGGAUGGAGCACGACCACAGGGGCUGCUUGUGUGGGGAAUUCUUUUUUUGCAUCAUGCAUGAGUUGAUCGCCCACGAGAAGCUCUUCAGCAACUGCAGCACGGACAACCUGUACGAGUACCUGCGGGUUCACAAAGGGGCCUGCCUCCAGGACAAGCCGGACCCCCGGCACAUAAUGACACUGUCCAUCUGUGGGAACCGAGUGUUAGACAGAGGGGAGGAGUGUGACUGCGGCAGCGAAGAGACCUGUGCCCGGGACCCUUGCUGCCUGCCCACCUGCAGGAUGACCCGAUACUCUGCGUGCGCCUUUGGCCCCUGCUGUAAAGGCUGCAGGUUUCAAUUGAGCGGCAGGGUCUGCCGUCCCAGGAAGAAUGAGUGCGACCUCCCCGAGUACUGCAACGGGACCUCCAUGUGGUGCCAGCCGGACGUCUACAAACAAGAUGGCACCCCGUGCACGGGGCAAGGGUUUUGCUAUCGGGGGCGUUGCCGGAGCCUGGAUCUGCAGUGCGCCGAGGUCUUUGGUAAAGGCUCCCGGGCCGCCCGGGAGAGCUGUUACCGGCUCCUGAACACCCAGGGAGACCGGUUUGGGCACUGUGGCGGUGACUCUCCUGGGCUGUACCAGGUUUUUUCGAAGUGUGAGGAGAAAGACAUCAAAUGUGGGAGACUCAUGUGUGAGAACGUGCAGAGGCUACCCCGGACUCGGAAGCACCACACCUUGAUCCAGGUGCGCCACGAGGACACGUGGUGCUGGGGGGCGGACCUCUACGUGGGGGAGGAAGUUGCGGACGGAGGAGGGGUGGCCAGCGGGACCGUGUGCGGCCCGAACAAGGUCUGCCUCAACCACACGUGCUCUGAUACCAGGUUGCCCGACCUGGAGUGCGACGCGGCUGCCAGAUGUCACAGGAGGGGGGUGUGCAACAACUUGAGACACUGCCACUGCGAUUCUGGCUAUGCCCCCCCAACUUGCGAGGCAAGAGGUAACGGGGGGAGUGUGGACAGUGGCCCGCCUCCCACUCCUAGAACCCACAUUUUUGCUCUGCGGACUACAGUCAGCCACGGCACAAUGCGCACUCCCGCCCCCGCGAGCAGCCCGGCCCCCAUUCUCGCCCCCACCGUCAGCCCUGCCCCUGCCCCUACCACCGUCACUGCCAAAAUUUCCACCGCCACCACCGCUCCCGUCCCCACCACCAGCAUCAUUCCCCCUGCAGUCAACCCUUCCCCAUCACAGCAGGCCAAUCCCCCAGGGAUUAUCAUCACUCCUUCAGGCAAGGUCUUAAGAAAAGGAAACAAGGAAAAAAUACUGGCUAUUUUCUUGUUCUUGGUUACCCUUAUCCUCCUUGUGAACAGUAUAAUCUGGUACCUUGUCAUCCUGGCCUAUGCCCAAAAAAGGGCUGUGAUCAGAAAAAUGAGAAAAAAGAAAUACCCCCGAAAAAAGACCCCAAAAAACGCACUGAGAGCUCAACGCGGCAGAAGGAUCUGAGGGAGAAGGAAUGGGACUGACUGUCCAAAAAGGAAGUGCCCUCUUCUAGGACGUGUUGAAUGAUACCAAGCCAUGCCUUGGACGCAUGAGCGGUCUUUGAAACAGGAAUCAUUUGAAUAAAAGGAUAAGUGAAAAUACAACUGUUCCCAGGUGAGAUAUGGGUUUGA